CCACCCCCCUCUGAAGUAAAACAGCAGCGCAGGCUGCUUAUCUACUAAAUGUAAUUAAUUUGCUUAUUAUUGAAACAAUUGUCGAGAUUACUAGCCUGAGGCAGACAAUCCGGCGUAUGAGCCAGUCCGUUGGCCAGCAGGAGCAGCCAGUGAGUGAGGGGGAGAGAGAGGGGAAGUGGCAUUCGCAAAAAACAGCUGGACACAAACAGCAGCAGCAGCAACAACAAUAACAAGGCAGUAACGAGGUCGCAGGACCGAAAAAAGAAAAAGGAGGCGCAGGAGUAGGAGGCUGUUGCCAUCAGCACAUCGCCAUGCGCUUUAACAAGUCGGAGCUAAACACACUGGCCAGCAAUCCAGCAACCCGGUUCGACAAGGAGGGCCUGCUCAUCAUCAUCGACCGGCAGGAGGGCUUCCUGUGGCGCUCCAGCGAAGUCAGAGUUGAACGUUGGUGUAAACUGCGUGGCAAUUUACUGUUCUACCUCAAGGAUAAGGACCCCAAGUCCGCGGUGGCCGGCCUCCUGGUGCUGGAGAAUUGUCGUCCGCGCAUACAGAACGAGGAGCGUGACCCGGAGGGCUACAUUUUCGAUCUAGACUUCAAGGACGGCUUGUCGGAGCGGUUUAUCAGCCGCUCGUCGGCCGAACGUCUGGCCUGGGUGCACUGCAUCGAACAGGCCUCCAGCGAGAAGCUGAACCUGCUCAUCCGCCAGCUAAAGGAUCAGAUUGUUAUCAAGAGCCGGCAGUUAAACGGCCCGGGAAUGGGCAAUCACAUUGAUCUGGGCAUGCCCCUCGAGCAGCAGGUGCAGGAGCAGAUACAGCUGCACCAGCAGCAGCAGCAGGUCCAACCAGCGGAGGAGCAGGUCCAACCAGCGCCCCCCUUGGAGGCGGCAACGACGGCGCCGUUUGAAGAAAUCGAUCUCUCGGAGCUGCCCAUUUGCGAGACGGCCCUCUCCUGUGAUACCCUGCCCCUGGACGCUGUGGGGCGACCGCCCAAUCCGCAGGUGGUGUGCUCGCUGCUGCCCGCGGCUGGAGAGGAUUGCCUGUGGCGGGAGCACGCCCGCACCGAGCUGCAGGAGCGGACACGCAGCCCGCAGUUCCUGUGCACCAUGCGCUUCCAGCGCAGCGCCGGCUUCUCCGCCGCCACGCGUCUUCGCUUCAGCGUCCUCGAUGUCCGCGAGCGGAUGACGCUCACCGCCCUGCCGCUGGGCCAUGCCGAGGUGGCCCUGGGCGUCAUCCAGGAUACCAGCCGGCUGCGUCUGCCACUCACGUCGCCGCGUGGCGAGUGCGGCUUCAUCACGCUGGCCUCCUGGUCGCCCGACGCCGCCGUGGAGCCCGGCCAGUCGGGAAACGGGCCGCCGCGAUCCAGCACCCAGCUCUUCGAGGGAUCAGGCGCCGCCACAGGUGCCACCACCGGGAGCAGCAGGCGAGCCCAUCGCCGCACCCAGUCGUUGCCGCCGAAGCUGGGCGUCCGCUUGUUUGUGCCCCAGCAGUGUGGCCUGCAGCGGGUGUGCUGCAAUCCCCGCCUGCGCACCUACCGCCUCCACUCGUCGCUGGGUGCGGACAUCAGUGUGCAGGAGACGCUGCUGGAGGCGCGCCUGUGCUGCCUGCUGCCCCAGCAGCUGCUCUCCAUCUGGAUACAGCGCGAGAAGGAGCUGCUGCAGGAGAUCUCCGGCAUGGGCGAGCUGAGCGGCGAGUGGCGCUGGCGGCAGAUGAACCUGCUCGAGGAGCACCUGCGCCUGCUCAAGGACUACUCGCAGGCCAAGCAGAACAUCCAGCAGCUGGCCCGCGACGGCGUCUCCUUCAAGCGCUCCUCGGCGAAGGCGGACGAGGCGCUGGAGUUCCUGCCGGUCAACCUGCACGUCCAGCGGAUGUGGGCCCAGAACGAUACAAUGCAGCGGCGCGGCCUCCUCGACGUCGUCACCGUGGGCGCCUUCACGCGCCACGAUGCCAAGGGACGCAAGUGCGGUGGCCUCAUCAAGCUGCUGCAGGAGAGCAAGUCGUGGAAGCUGGAGCAGAGCAACGCGUGCAAGGUGCAGGCGGCCAACGACGCGGUGCAGGCCACCAAGCAGCUGCGCAAGGAGAUCGUCGAGCUGAUGUCCCAGCUGCUCCAAUUGGCCGGGCGGCGGAGCUCCAAGGACAUGAUGCCGCUGUGCAACCAGAUGGUGGCCCGCACCCGCACGCUGCUCAACAUCUGGGAGCCGAGCAUCGUCGAGGAGGCGGUGGCCUUCAUCGAGCGCCAUCGCAUCAUCGAGGAGCCGGAGAACGUGCUGAUGGAGCCGAUGUCGCCGUUCCGCAAGAUCACCCAGCAGCUGACGGCCCUCGAACUGAAGUCGCCGGAGCUGGAGGACUUUGCCACGCCGGUGGUGGCACCUCCGGACCUCUGGCCACGCGGCCAGCCACCGCUGAUGCGCUCCAACAGCUGGCAUCCGAGCAACAGCUCUCCGUCCAGCUCGCUGGACAUUCGGGCCAUCGACUCGCUGCAGCAUGUGGUCAAGUGCUAUAAUGAUCACUUGCGCAGCCUGGAGCAGGGCAGGAAUCCCCGCCAAAUGGAGGCGGAGGAGGCCACAUAUCAGUCGCUGCCGCUGGCCUGGCAAUCCACACAAGUUUCGGAUGCCCCAGCCCAACCAUCUGUGCUGCAGCUCAUCGAUCUGGACGAGAUCGGGCGACAGGCACAGCGGCAGGAGCGACAGGAACGACAGCAGCGGCAUCAACAGCCGCCGGCCGGCUUCCUGGACACCAAGCUGAUGAGCUCCUCGCCGUCGGCCAACUACUACCGGCCCACGGAGGAGCCGGAGCCCCUGGAUCUCACCCAGUUGAACAUCGAGGCCAGCGUGAUGUGCCUGGUCAGCAAACUGAAGUUCUUCUGCGGCCGCUGCGACAGUCCGGCCAUUCGGCUGCGUCACCCCAAAGUGCCCAUCAAGCGGGAGGGCUUCGCGGUGGCCCCGCAACAGGCGCCGGAUGUGAUAGCCGCCCAAGCAGCACCCCAGCUCGACCUGGCCACCAAGCCAUCAGGCUCCGUCUCCGUCCAGGGGAGUGCCUCUGAUCUGCCCGUGGACACUGGCUUAGCUGUGAGGAAGGGCAACAAGUUCACCGACGGCCUGGACCUCUCGAUGACCACGGAUUGGGCGGCCGAGCUGCGGCCGAGCAUGCGCAAGCUGCGCCACGCCAUGGACCGCCUGCUGAAGACCGCCCGGCUGAUGCACUCGGUGCAGCGACUGCAGCAGGAUAUGCGCUGCAACCGGCUCCAGGCGAGCAUCACCUACCGCAGGGACGUCUGCUUCUCCCAGGCGCUAACCGCUCUGGUCAGCUCCCUGAUGCUGCGGCUGUGGGGCAGCGAGCUGGACAUGGGCUAUCUGGUGAUGCUGCGCGACCUGGGCCCCCUGGCCUACUUCGAGGGUCUGCUGACGCUGUACGGCAACGAGGCGGACAUGUGGAGCGACAUGUGCAUCGCCAUCGAGGAUCUGUCCGCCGUCAGCUUCCAGCUGGUGCGGGCCCAAGGCGAGGCGGCGAUGGCGCCGACGCCGAGGAUCACCGGAUCGCGGCAGGCACUGGAGGUGCAGCUGCCGGUGCCGGAGCACUCGCUGCCGGGCAACGGCACCUCCAUUGCGUUCAAGAUCACGCCCGUCUUCUUCAACAUCGGCAUCAACGAGAAGGCCAGCUUCGCGGAGACACUUGGCCAGACGCGCGAGCAGCACCGCUCCAACUGGGACAACUAUCUGCGCCUGAGCCAGUACUUUGGGCGCUACCGCAAACUGGGCCUGGGCUCCGUCGACGCCGGCGAAUCGCUGCAGUCGCUGCUCGGCUUCAUGGAGCAGCAGCUGCGGGCCAACGUGUCCAAGAACGUCAAGAUACUCCAUCUGGCCGAGGACGCCUGCCGGCUGAUGGACGGCCUGCGGUUCACCUCCUGCAAGAGCGCCAAAGACCGCACCGGCAUGGCGGUCACCCUGGAACAGUGCCGCGUCCUGGUCCGCGAGUUCCAGCUGCCAGCCAAGCACGUGCCCUAUGCGCUCAGCACAAUGCGAAGUGAGGGCACCCGCAUGGACAACGUACUCAAGAACAUUGGGAAGCGAAAGUAUGCCUUCAAUCGAACUCAGGUCUCUUUUCUGCCGGCCAUGUACAGACCGCCAGUUGGUAGUUACGGCAAGGCGCAGACUUAAGGAUUCCACGCGGGAUAGGGAUCCGGAUAGGGAUCCCCUUCUGAAUGUGCAAUCGAAGUACUUAAGAGGAUUCGAACUGGUCAACACAUACGAUAUAUCAGCGGAGCAAAGCAAAACAAAACGUAUAAAACUGUGCCAAAAAUACAAAACACAAUUUAACCAAUUUUGCGCAAGGCAAACAAAACAAAACAAAACGAAUCGAAAAGUGAGAGAAAAUAAUAGGAAACUAAUUAAAUUAGCACAUUGAAGGAGUAACUUCCGGACAAUUGUUAAGGCAUCACACAAUUCCAAUUGCAAUACGGUAGUGUCUCCCGUAGUAGUGUCUAUAACCCCUAUAUUCCCAUAUUUAUUUAGGCUAUAUCCAGAUAGUUGUAGUUUGCAGAUGAGGCAACCGUGUACUUUAGCGACUCAUGUACUUCCAGUGAAUAAAAAAACAAACUUGUUAACCACUAUUACACACAAA